CAUGCGCAUUUUGGACAGGCAUCGUAUAUUAUAUCAUGUUGGCGAGGUCUGGUUCCGUGUUUUCCUGGACGAGAAGGGCGUUGGGGGCCGCGGCGAAGACGUUCCGACAGCAGCACACGCUCCCGGAGCUCCCGUACGCAGCGACGGCGCUGGAGCCCGUCAUUUCGGGGGAGAUAAUGGAACUGCACCACGGGAAACACCACGCAACCUACGUCAACAACUUGAACGCGGCAAAGGAGCAGCUGCAGUCUGCGCUGCAAAGCAUCACGUGCGCACAUCACUGCAGAGGACGAGAACGGGGUGAUUGCCAUACAGAAGGCCAUCAAGUUCAACGGAGGAGGUCACAUCAACCACUCAAUCUUCUGGAACAAUCUCUCGCCUAAUGGAGGGGGUCUACCCAUCGGAGCUCUUCUAGAGGCAAUAGAGAGAGAUUUCGGAUCUUUCGACAUCUUCCGUGCGGAGAUGACGGCCAAGACUGUUGGAAUACAGGGCUCAGGAUGGGGUUGGCUGGGUUAUGAGAAAGGCAAAAACAGACUGGUAGUGACCACAUGUCCCAAUCAAGACCCACUUCAACCUACCACAGGUCUGAUUCCACUCCUGGGAAUCGAUGUAUGGGAACACGCCUACUACCUCCAGUACAAGAACGUCCGUCCAGAGUACGUCAACAAGAUAUGGGACGUUGUUAACUGGGACGAUGUUGCCAAGAGACUAUCAGAUGUUCAGUAAUUAAAUUCGACCCUGCAAUUAUCCAAGCUGCCAGAAAAUGUUACAUUUGUGCGUUGUUAAUGUUUGUAGCAGAUAGCCG